AUGUCCAUGGACACUUCUUUGAACACAGCCGGUUCCCAGAAACCCCGGAAACCACCGAUCGCGAGGACUUUGAUGAGACUCACAAACAACCUAUGCACUAUAUCAGAACAGAGACCCUAUGACACAGACGCACAGAGACGAGCCUUGGCAGCUAUCGACUUAUGUCGCCGCAGGCUAAAGUUCUCUCAACAGUGGGAAACAUUCCUCCAGGAACCAGAGAUAAAGUGCAGAGCAGCGGAUUCUCUUAGCGCCUCACAAGAGGAUAUGGAGUCUCGGUUGCCUACAGAGAUCUAUAUCAUUAUAAUUAAGCAGCUCGUGAACGAUAGGUAUGGGAAGUCCCCGGAGCAGAUGAAAGUACGUGCCCAGACUUUAGAGUCUCUGGCAUCUACUUGCAGAAUGUUGCAGGUCUUUUGCGAGGAGUACUUGUAUACGCACCCGAGAUCCCAGCGACUGUCGAAAAAUCCCUUAUCAAAUUGGGUGCUUUUAUUCUCUCUUACUGUUGAGCCACGCAGAGCCCAUCAGGUCCGGUCACUGAAAUACGAGCCCCAGCCACACUACAUCCAUCCCACUGCAUGGCUAAGCACUUUCAGGCUCUGUACCAAUCUGACUCGUCUUGAACUGGUUUGGGGACAUCACAUCCCAGAAUGCGUUCGACAACAUAUGGAUAUGCACAUGGGCCCAAUCUUUGCUGCUUGUCCCAAGGUCACCAAGUUCAAGUAUGAUAGCUGCCACGUCCUCAUUGAUGAGCCUGACGACGUGACUCCAGAGCAAAUGAUAAAGUUCCCACAGCAAUACUCAAAGUUUGCCAAACAGCUUUGCCACUUGGAGGUGCUUGGCCCAUUCGACUGCAUCAAGGACAUUCUCCACUAUGAUUACCCAAAUCUCAAGUUUUUGGCUCUUGAUAUGGCGGGUUAUGAAGAGGAAGGCAGGUUUUUUGAGGAGCUAUCUUGCCAUACUCCUGCUUUGGAAAUAUUGGUACUGGACUUGGUUCGGAGCGCCACUUUGCAAGACCUGAAGAUAGGAUUCAAAGCAUGGGGGAAAACAUUGCGGUCUCUUUAUAUCAACCACCCCGUGAUCGAAGAUCACCACGACGGCAUCCUCGGCCAUCUACUGCCCCAUCUCACAAGAUUGGAGGAGCUUUGUUUGGGUGAGUGGCCGACAUUCCUCCUCUCAGAUCUCCAGGCCAUAGCUCAACCGAACGCUCCACGUCUGAAAACUUUCCGAUGGGUGGCUAAUGAUGGCAUCUUCACACGCGACCCACUUGUGAAUCCAGAAGACGUUAGCAAGGCGAUAAUCGACAUCUUCAUUGCGCACAGUGAGACUCUCAGCACCUUCCUGAUAGAGGAAUCAUUCAGCCUUUGGAAUUUCGGCAUGGAUAUCUUUGAGCACCUCCACAAGGCAAGGGGUUUGGAGAACCUUCGAGUACAGCUGCAUGAUAUACCUACCAAAGAAGACAUUCAAGGUCUUCUGGCCACAUCCCCGAAGCUUGGGAAGUCGGAAACGGGUCUCAUGGUAGUCAGGGAGUUCUUCACCGAGUGUACCUUGACGACUAGGAAGUACAAGGAGGAUAACCUUGAUGUACUGGCGGGUAGCUGGGGAAGGAUAUAUCACCCUGUGGGGACUAUGACAAGGUAA